GAUGCGUUGGGCUUGGUCACUUAAAAGCAGACAAGAAAAGGAAAAGCUACGCCUACGCCUGCGGGCAGUAUCACAAAAUCCCUUUCCCUUUCUAUUUCCUAACCUAGUUCAAAAAUUUCAAACUUUGCUCGGUUGCUGCGGCGGAUUCACGAGUUACGACUCACGACUACAAUAGCUUCACGACCUCGGUGACGGCGACUCCUCUCCUCGGCGAUUGCUUGUUUGCUCAUUGUUGACCUUCAUUCAGUUUUUGGGCCUUAAAUAUUUGGGGGCCUAAGGCAAGACUUGCCUUAUCCUAGAACCGCCCUUGCCUCUGUGCUGUUUUUUGGUUCAGAAUGGGCAACGACAACAACGCCGCACCAGCUCAGCUGACGGUUGAGGCGGCUGCACAGUUACAGGAAGGCAUCGGGUUGGUGCUAGGUAGAUGGACUGCCCUUCAGAUGGCUAUCGAGAACGACUGGGGUGGCCGCAACUCUCGUGAAAAGUCCAGUCAGCUCAAUCUCGACAUAUUUUCCGCCUUCACAAAUUCCAAAGAAAAAGUAUAUAUGGAUGAUAUAGAGGAGAUUCUAGAUGAGUUCAUGUUGUCUCUAAAUACUGAAGUCAAUGAUGGCAGUCUCGAGGAGGUAGCAGAAAAAAUGAUGUUUAUGCAUGAAGAGUGUCUGGAAGGCAAUUUCAAUUCAAUCAAACUGCUAAGAGAAACAAAUGUUGGAAGGAGACCUGCCACUUAUGUCAGACAAGAUGCUAGUGAUGACGACGACAGUAGUGAUGACGGCAAUGAGAACUUGGGUAGCAAUUCAUCAGAUAUGGCAAUUGAUUAUGUGGGAACACAGUCAAAUUUGGGCCAGGGUAUUGUAGUUGAUGAGCCUGCGAUGAAGCAGCCAGCUGAAGUGGACGAGGACGGGUGGAUGAAAGUAGCUACUAGGCGUAACAGAGGUAGAAGGAAUUAAAGCACUACUACAGCAACAUUAUUGUAGUCCCUCACUAUGUUCUAUACAAAUAACUAUCAACUUAAUUGCCAAACCAAUGAUAUAAUAGUGCUCUGUGUGUUUUGUCCUCCCCUAGUCCAGGCGGACACACACAAUGAUGUACGUAACACGUACAAUAGCCCUUUAAUUAGGCAGUAAACUUUGUCAUAAAUGAUUGUCGAAUUUCUACUUUUUUCAAUUAAUUAAAUGAUUUGUCUA